AUGGAUUACAGCAGUGAAGAAGAAUUUGAUAAUUAUAUCAAUGAGCACGAUGAGCACAGUAUAAUAAAUACCAGAAAAGUGAUAUGGGAUUUUCAAGAUCCCUUUGAUUACUACAGUUCGGAAGAAUUCCGUCGACGCUACAGGUUUACCAAAGAUGUGGUACAUUUUGUACUCUUGCCAUUGAUAAAUAAAGACUUGGAGAAAUUAACCGCAAGAGGUCUUCCAGUCCCACCUUUAUAUCAGCUACUAGUGUCUCUAAGAUUUUAUGCUUCUGGAAGUUUUCAGAUGAUUACUGGAGACCUCAUAAGUAUCAGUCAACCAACAGUCUCAAGAAUUGUCAAAAGGGUGUCUCAUCUGUUUUGUUUAAAAGUACAGGAAUUCAUCAAAUUUCCCAACAACCUUCAAAGAAUUAAAGAAGACUUUUAUGUGAUAGCCUCUUUUCCUGGGAUAAUAGGAGCUGUUGAUGGUACUCACAUCCCAAUUCAAAACCCUGGUGGGCCAUAUGCAGAAGUAUUUAGGAAUCGAAAAAAAUUCUUCUCAAUCAAUACUCAGGUUGUAUGUGGACCAAAUUUAGAGAUUUUUGAUAUUGUUGCUGACAGACCUGGGUCAGUACAUGACAAUAGAAUAUUUCUAGCAUCCAGUUUAAAGCGAAAAAUGGAACAAGGUAUUAUAGAUGGCAUACUUUUAGGAGAUAGUGGAUAUGGCUGUCAAAGAUAUUUACUGACACCAGUGGCACAACCCGAAAACAAUUCGGAAGAAAAUUAUAAUAAGGCACAUAUUAAAACCCGGAACACAGUGGAAAGAACUAUAGGCGUGUGGAAGAGAAUAUUUCCUUGCCUAUCUAAAAAGAUGGCAACAAAUUUGACAACAUCAUGCAAUGUUAUUGUUGCUACUGCAGUACUGUACAAUAUAUGCAGGGCUCAUGGUGUUAUUGAGCAUAUUGAACCUGAUAACAGGAAUAUACAAAGAACUACGAGGAAUGUUCAACAGUCAAGAGAAACUAGAGAAGGUUUACUUUUUAGAAGACUUUUCAUAUCUCGUCACUUUUGA